UUCCAAAGCAAUUAAUAAUGAGACAGAAUAAGGACACCAUUCUAUAAAGCUCACCCUUAUCUUCAACCCUUUCUCUCACACAGUCUCCACUACCCACUCUCCCCUUUCCAACAACAACACCCAAUUUCUCUGUUCUCGAGAGAAACCCCAAAGCUCCAAACUUCUUGAGAGAGAAAGCGCAGCAGCUAUGGAGGGCAAGGAAGAAGAUGUUAGGUUGGGAGCUAACAAGUUCUCCGAGAGGCAGCCCAUUGGAACCUCUGCUCAAACUGACAAGGACUACAAGGAGCCACCACCAGCUCCAUUGUUUGAGCCUGGUGAGCUCUCUUCAUGGUCAUUCUACAGAGCUGGAAUCGCCGAGUUCAUGGCCACUUUCCUGUUCCUCUACAUCACUGUCCUCACUGUAAUGGGCGUCUCCAAGUCCCCUUCAAAGUGCUCCACUGUGGGUAUUCAGGGUAUUGCUUGGGCCUUUGGUGGCAUGAUCUUCGCCCUUGUGUACUGCACCGCUGGUAUCUCAGGUGGACACAUCAACCCAGCAGUGACAUUUGGGUUGUUCUUGGCGAGGAAGCUGUCCUUGACAAGGGCGGUGUUCUACAUCAUCAUGCAGACGCUUGGAGCCAUCUGCGGUGCUGGUGUGAUCAGAGGGUUCGAAGGAAAACAGACCUUUGAGGUCAAUGGUGGUGGCGCCAACGUGGUGGCCGGUGGCUACACUAAGGGUGAUGGUCUUGGUGCUGAGAUUAUUGGUACCUUUGUCCUUGUCUACACCGUCUUCUCAGCUACUGAUGCCAAGAGAAACGCCAGAGACUCCCAUGUUCCUAUCUUGGCACCUCUCCCAAUCGGGUUUGCAGUGUUCUUGGUACACUUGGCCACCAUCCCCAUUACCGGAACCGGCAUUAACCCAGCUAGGAGUCUUGGAGCCGCAAUCAUCUACAACAAGGACCAUGCAUGGGAUGACCAUUGGAUCUUCUGGGUUGGACCAUUCAUCGGGGCUGCACUAGCUGCUCUCUACCACCAGGUUGUUAUCAGAGCCAUUCCUUUCUCAAGCAAGUCUUAAAUUAAUCAAAGCAUGAAGGAGGAAGAAACAUUUCAGCCGGACUCCUUUCAGCUUAUCGAUCAUUUCAAUCCUCUGAGUGUUGGCUUCUUUCUGUUUGUAUGGCUGGGCUUCUUAUCUUUAUCUCCACGUGACUCUGGAUUCUGAGAGUUGUUAGUUAUUACUCUCCUAUAAUGUGUGUAAAUUAUUCUCUAGUGCCUGUUUGUAUCCCAUGUGGUCAUGUCUUUGAAUUAUUGAGUUUGUAACAACCAUCUUGGAUAUGCACUAUUCUUUCUAUCUAUCUAUCCUAUCCUUCAUGGGUCCAUUAUCCAUAGUAGUUUCCUAGAACUUGUGGCAUUUGGAAUCACCGAAUAGAUGCCCUAAAGCUCUAAACCACCCUCGGCUCCAAGUGAACGCCAACGAAGCAAUAUGGCCUAGGUCGAGCAGUUCAAAAUCAAAUAGCACUAACUGAAGUUUGUGAGAACCCACUCACUCGCACACGGGAUGAAAGGCUGCAGUCUCGUUAACACGCCAUAGUUGCUCGAAACAAAGGUCAAAAUCAAAAAGUACUGACUGAAGUUCGUGCGAAGCCACUCGCACAAUGGAUGAAGGAUGCAAUCUCCCCUAGCACGCCAUAGUUGCUCGAAAUGAAUGUUGUCACCAGAUGUCAUAAAAGCCACUGUUGCGCAUCCCCCUAUUCUAACUGUGAGAGGAUAAACUGAGUCG